AGAUCACUGCGUACCGCACAGCCGCGUGCUGCAGCCGGAAAGAUAGGGGAGGAGAUGACGGCGAGCUUCACGAGCCUGUUCAAGGCUCUGGAAUCCGGCAUCGUCACAAUCACCACGAGCCAGUUCAAGGCUUUGAACACUGACAUCGCCGGCAGACUCGAGAGUCUGACCGCCUCCUCUGCUGCCAGUGCCGAACUGUCGUCGCAUGUGCUGGGAUCACUCCAGCAGAGUGUCACAGAGUCCAGGGACACAGAGUUCCGGGCCCUGCAGAGAAUCGAGAAGGAUCUCACAGAGACUAGGAACACGCAGUCUCUGGCACUGGCGAAGAUCAGAGAGUCUUCGGCACUUCAUGCGUCUUCUUGCCACGCCCCAGCCAGCCCCUAUUCCAAGCAUGGAGAGGCGGCCGGCACGGCUAGACCGGGCGACGCGGCAGAGCGGGCCGAGGGCAUGGUCAACCAGACUGAUCCUCGGAAGCCCCCCGUCAGCGGGGACCCCGGCUCAGGGAAUAUCGUCAGUGCAGCAGCCAGACAGGACGCAGCACUGCCGAGGCCCGUCGCCGAGGAGACAGAGGCCAAGAAGGCGACAGCGCCUCGGCCGGUAGGAGUCAGCGCUGGGGUGUCGACCCAGCCAGCGGUUGGCGCCGCAAGCGCGGCCAAAAGGCCUCCUGAAGUGACGCACCACCUCGAAACGUUCGAGGACAGCGUCAAGCACUCCAAGAACACCGACGGUAGGUUACUGGCGCUGACGGGCGAGGCUGAAUGGCGUUUGGACGCACUGCGGCUGGGCAUCAAGGACGCGCAGUUGUACGUCUGGGUGACGGAAAUGCAUGCCGAUAUCAAUAAGCGUGAGGGGGGAAAGAACAAGCCCGUCAGAUUCAUGUCUAAUAUGCAGACGCCCAAGUACGACUAGACUCCUAGAGUCUAGCCGUCACCCAUAAUUCACGAUGGGGGCGGUCCCCUUGCAGCGGUCAUGUGCUGCAAGCAGCGCUCACGCGCUGGCUGCUGAUGCUAGUGCUUUAGGGGUCCGGACGGGCUAUACUCGUCGGAUCUCCUUCGUAUCAGCUGACGCAGUGAGCCGCUGGGUGGGCUGUGCGGUCUCGCUGCGCACCCGUCCAGUGGCCCGCAACAUGCCACGUCCCGAGAUCAGAUCAUCAGAUUGACACCCACUGACGCAGAUUCGUGUAUGCUAAUCAUCCAACUGUCGACAAACAAGACUCACAAUGCGUGUAUGAUUUACAUCCCAAAACAUCCUCCCACAAACCGCAGCACACC